UGUGAUAGGCAAAAACAUGUUUAUUAACAGGCCAAAAUAUCUAGUUUCUCUGUAAAAAUAAGAAGCCAAAAGUAUAUAAACUUGAAUUACUUAUGUCCAGUAAUUAAUGUUUUAGUAUUGUAUCUUAUUUAUAAAUGAUAUAGAUAUUUAAUGGAAAUAUUUUACCUAGCUUAACUUUAAGGUUAAAAAUUACCAAAAGUAUUUUGGAAACUACUAUUAGGCAGAUUUACUGUAAAAAACUUAUUAUUGAAAUAAUGUAUUUCGCUUUUCACAACAUGGCACCAAAGCGAAGAAGGAAGCUCCUGCCCCUCCUAAAGCCAAAGCCAAAGCAAAGGCUUUAAAAACCAAGAAGGCAGUGUUGAAAUGUGUCCACAGACCCCCAAAAAAGAAGAUCUGCAUGUCACCCACCUUCCAGCAUCCAAAGACACUGCGACUGCGGAGGCAGCCCAGAUACCCUGGGAAGAGCGCCCCCCGGAGAAACAAGUUUGACCACCAUGCUAUCAUCAAGUUUCCACUGACCAUUGAGUCAGCCAUGAAGAAGAUAGAAGACAACAACACGCUUGUGUUCACUGUCGAUGUUAAAGCCAACAAGCACCAGAUCAAACAGACUGUGAAGAAGCUCUGGGACAUGGAUGUGGCCACGGUCAACAUCCUGAUUCAGCCUGAUGGAGAGAAGAAGGCAUAUGUUCGAAUGGCUCCUGAUUACGAUGCUUUGGAUGUUGCCAACAAACUUGGGAUCAUCUAA